GCUCACUUCCACCUUUUACCCUCUUACCUCGUUAGCUCGCGAAGGUCUGCGAAACUACAGAUCGAUUUCUUGCCGAAGAAAAUUGUGUUUUUCUCACUUGAUCAGAAGGACUAUGGCAUAUUCAACUUAUGAUAGUGGAGCUCCAAAUUCCUUGGAAUACAGAAUGUAUUUUCGGGACCAAAGUGACCAGGCUAUUUCUCCCUUCCAUGACAUUCCACUAUUUGCUGACAAAGAUGUAAUUUUGAAAGUGAUGAUAUAUUUAUAUGUAAAUCCAAAACAGAUUUCUACCAAGGAAGCUCUGAAUCCUAUCAAACAAGACUGUAAGAAGGGAAAACUCAGAUUUGUUCAUAACUGCUUCCCCUAUCAUGGAUACAUAUGGAAUUAUGGAGCAUUGCCUCAGACUUGGGAAGAUCCAAAGCACAAAGAUCCGAACACAGAGUGCAUGGGAGAUAAUGACCCAAUAGAUGCCUGUGAAAUUGGUACCAUGAUUGCCAAGCAAGGAGAUGUUAAACAAGUGAAAGUUUUGGGGACUGUUGCAUUGAUUGAUGAAGGUGAAACUGACUGGAAAAUUCUCUGCAUUGAUGUAAAUGAUCCUCUUGCCAAAGAGAUGAAUGAUGUUGAUGACAUUGAAAAACACAUGCCAGGACUUCUCAAGGCCACAGUUGACUGGUUCAAGAUCUACAAAAUUCCAGCUGGUAGCGGUGAAAAUCAGUUUGCUUUCAACGAGGAAGCAAAGAACAAGGAAUUUGCUAUGAAGAUCAUUGGUGAAACACACGAAUGUUGGAGAAAGCUGGUUCUCAAAGAGGUGGAAAAUGACAUAGGCCUCGCUUGCAAAAAUGUCACAGUUGAUGGAUCGCCAUACAAGAUGUCUGCAGAGGAAGCAACUGGUAUCCUUAAUCACGCGGCUAAAGUUGCUGAUCCAAAACCCAUUGACCCAGCCCAACAAGUUGACAGAUGGCACUACGUAUCUGCCAAGAGACCAAAAUUGUGAAAGAAAUCUGUUCUGCUGUAACUUAUCCAUAGUUCCCUUGCUGUGCAACCUAUCCCGCUUUCAUGGAAGAUGUCAUGUUAGCAAAAUAAUGUAUAAUGAGAAUUUCAUUUACUGCGAAAAAUAAACGAAUUGUGAAAA